AUGGAUCUCGAGCCGCUCCGCGGCUCAUGCUCUUGUGGCCGAAACGAAUAUCAAAUCAAUAUUCCGGAAGAUGUGAAAGAUCAUGCUGAAGUGUACUUCGACAGCGGCCGAGACAAUCGUCGAUUGCAUGGCACACCUCUUUCGGCAUGGCUUAGAGUUCCUCUUGGCUGGUAUCAAUCACACACUCAGUCCUUCUUCCCAGACGAAUCACACUCUUCUAUUCGCCGCAUUUUCUCACCUCGCCACGCACCCCAAACCCAGCGUGUCUUUUGUGGUUACUGCGGUACACCCUUGACAUUCUGGACAGAGGAUCCCAUUGAAGAAUCUAACUUUAUGUCUGUCACGAUUGGAAGUCUGCUAGUGGAGGAUCAGCGUGCACUAGAUGAUCUUAAAUUACUUCCUCAAGACUUUGACGAGCAAACUGCCCAUGUCGGUGGUUCGACGUCAUCUGAUCUAGCACCAGCCACAGAGACUGCUUCAUCUUCAGUCGUCGUUCCAUCAUCUAGUGAUUCUUCCAAUAUCUCAAGGAGUCUACAGCACGGUAGAACUGGGGACAUCCCCUGGUUUGAGGAAAUGGUAGAAGGGAGCCGCUUGGGUCGUUUGAUGCGGUCUCGGCGUGGUAUGGGAGUCAGUGAUGAUCAAUCGACUUCAAUCCAGUGGGAAUUUAGCGAAUGGCAUGAUGAUGGAACCAGUGGGUUUUUGCAACAGGAUUCGGACUCGAGUGGACACUCUAGAGGGAAGAGGAAGCGUGUGAACCAGGUCGAUGCCGGGAUUUGA